AUGACCCGGAAGAAUUAUCUCUUACCUACCCUAGAACAAUGCUUUGCCUUAACCGACGAGACUUGCCGACAGAUUAUGGAGUUGCGGGACCCCAAGGGUGUUCGUGCACAGAAGAAUUGGGAGCUUACGCAUCAACCAGAACUCAUUCGCCAGUACAUGACCAUGAGAAGCUUCACACAGAUUGCUCAAAUCAUGAGGUCGAGGCUAGAGUGGUCUUAUAAGACAUACGCCAAUCGUUAUCGGGACUGGUUCUUCCCGGUCGAUCGUGUCGAGAGAGAGCUAGUCGUAAUGGAUCUCUACGCUCGUGUUGGUAGAAUCAUCGAUGCUAUCACUACCAAAUAUAUGCUUCCUCAAGUAAACUCGCCAGUUUCGAUUCCAUCAUGCCAAGCUCAGCUCUACCCCGUGAUGCACGAUACAUAUCAUUCACCCUUAUCAAUUACUGGCUUCUUCCCCCCAGUCACAUCCCAUGGUGACGCUUUCGACGCUGAUAGCACAUGUGACCCAUUUCAAUAUAAUUCUUGUACGGCCGUAUCGACGUGGUCAAACAGUGGCACAUCCUGGAGCGGUGAGUCUUAUUUCGAUGAGCCACCUAAUAACCGUCUAUCAUUAUCAACUUCAAUGAGUUCCCUCAGUCAAGCUAGUCAAGAAUCGAUUGACGCGCCGCCACAAACCUCUCAUUCCUUCCUACAAUAUAGUCUCGUCAGUUCGCCCCAGCAUGACGCCCAAAAAGGACUCUGGAACUCAGUCCUACGUGUUAUUCCCUGCCAACAAGAUCACAGCCAUUGUUCCUGGGAUAAGUCGUUUUCCCGUUGCUCCAUUUGUGGAUUUUCUCAAUGUCAUGCUAUUAUGAUCCACGCAAAGAGUAUUCGACUGGAUAUCUUUGCUAUGACAAUAUCUCUUCUAAGGGACCUCGCCUCGCCAGAUUACGCCGGUAAUCACCCACUCGCUUUUCUCAUGGCCGCUGGCGUGAGCUUAGAAUACUUCAAAACUGUUCUAUGGGAUGUCAAAUGGUCUACAUUUGGCUCUAAUGUCUUCUCUCAAAGCCCACUACAUGUCCUAGAUGUACAAGGGCUUGGUGAUGGGCUGGUCGAGCUUCUUGCAUACUUUCCUCAGUAUUUGUCGCUUCGCGACUCCAAAUGCCGUACACUUCUUCACUACCUAUUCUCACAGCCUCUUGAGUAUGGAGAUUAUCUCCGCGUGCUGCAAAUUUUCCCAAAUGUCAUUCACUAUCUCCUAGCCUUUGAUACCAACGGCAAGAAAAUCACACACAUAAUGCAAGAGGCAAUUGAAAAGAAAGAGACCAUCUCGGUACAAGCUCGAGAAAAAAUCUCGGCGGGCCUCAAAGAAAUCAAUCAUUUUAUUAAUGCUUCGGCUGGUGGCCGCCACAUAACUCGUCCAUAUGGAUUUGUUGACAUUGCUCGCGGCAACAGUGGAAACUCUCAAGAAUCCUCGUGUUUCCUCUACCAAUGUCGAGUUUGUGGUGCAACGGAUGCGCACUCUGAUUCUUAUCAUGAUCAGAUGCUCUGUGCUUGUGAUUAUGGAGGCAUCGAUCGCAACGCGCCAGAUGAACAGGGAUGGACGGCUGCACAUUUACUCGUCUCUCACAAACGGCAGAACAGAGAUUCCGAAGAGACUCCUGCACAAACAACCGAACUCUUCCGUCUCUUAAUAUUUAGUCCGGAACUUCGCGAGGCACUUCACGUUGUGGAUCCUAAUGGGAAUUCACUCGUCUACAAUAUCGCUACGCGUGGGUUUUACGAGAUCUUAGAGUGCGUGCUGCGGCUAGAGGAAGAGAGUCGGCGGCGGGCUAUGGUAAACUCCUUUGGCCGCACUGGCGAUGGCCAAGAGCAGAGUGUGCUUGCUGGCGUCGAGAUGGCUAUUGCCGAGUGUGAGCGGAAGACGCAACGAUGUACGCGGGCCCGUGACGGAUGUGAGAAGGCCCGCUGGGCACGACUCGGACAGGACUUAAAUCGUUGUCGGAAUAUCUUGAAACGCUGGGGGGCGGAGUGGGAGCCGGAUAUGAUUCAGAGAUGGCGUAUCUACUGA